AAUGAUCGCCUACUGGGUACUGGCAGUGUACAUCUUCUCCGCUUACCACUUUUCACGGUCUGUCAUCGACUCAUCCCUUUGUUUCUAGGGUUAGGGUUCUUUCCGACCCGCCCUUCCUUUCAUCACGUCCCGAUCCUUCUCGUGUUUAUCCGUCUAUCGAAUUGUGAGCGUGGCGGGACUCUGGCAAUCGAUUUGCAUCCUUCAUAUCCCGAUUUGAACGCCGGACUUUUCGAUCGUUGGCCGUUUCCUUAGCUCUAGAAUGAUGCAGACGGGUGGUGGAAUGGUUCAUCCCCCGCCAAUGGUACCGCCGCCGAUGGACCAGCAGCAACCUCCCCAGCAGUGGAUGAUGAUGGCGCCGCCUCCUCCUCCCCCUCAAGUGCAGUACUACCAGACUGGCCCAGCUCCGCCCAUGUGGAACCAGCAGAGUUCCCAGGUGCCACCGCCGGCCCCCCAGUUCCAGGUCUCGCCAUCGAUUCCACCUCCCCAGAUGCAGUACCAGGCAGCGUCAGCUCCAUCCCCGGACCAAGCAUUGGCACCGCAGCCUUCUUCAGCUGAUGGGACUCAGACGCUUUGGAUUGGUGAAUUGCAGUAUUGGAUGGACGAGAAUUAUCUCUACAGUUGCUUUGCUCAUAGUGGAGAGGUUAUUUCAGUUAAAGUAAUCCGCAAUAAGCAGACUGGGCAGUCUGAGGGUUAUGGCUUUAUCGAGUUUGUAUCUCAUGUUGCUGCAGAUCGAGUUCUUCAAAUAUACAAUAGUCAAGUGAUGCCCAACUCAGAACAAGUUUUCAGGCUGAAUUGGGCAACAAGUGGAGCAGGUGAGAAACAUGAUGAUGGUGUAGAUUAUACAAUUUUUGUUGGGGAUUUGGCUGCCGAUGUCACUGAUUAUUUGCUACAAGAGACAUUUAAGAAUCAGUACCAAUCAGUCAAGGGUGCCCGAGUUGUUACUGAUAGACUGACUGGGCGCACCAAGGGAUAUGGGUUUGUUAAGUUUGGCGAUCCAAGUGAACAAGCAAGGGCCAUGACCGAAAUGAAUGGUGUUUACUGUUCAACAAGACCCAUGAGAAUUGGUCCAGCUGCUAAUAAGAAGACUCUGGUAACCCAACAGCAAUUCUCUACAAAUGCUUCCUACCAAACUCCACCGAGUACUGACUCUGAGAAUGAUCCAAAUAAUACCACUUUGUUUGUUGGUGGCCUGGACUCAAACAUCACAGAUGAUCAUUUGCGGCAUACAUUUAGCCAAUAUGGAGAGAUAGUCCAUGUUAAAAUACCUUUAGGCAAGCGUUGUGGUUUUGUUCAAUUCUCUAAUAGACCUAGUGCUGAGGAAGCUUUGAGGAUGCUUAAUGGGAUCCAGUUAGGUGGUCAAAACAUCCGACUCUCAUGGGGCCGCAGUCCAACAAAUAAACAGCCACAACAAGAUCCCAGCCAAUGGAAUGGAAGCUACUAUGGGUACAACCAAGGUUACAAUGUCUAUGGAUAUGCAACUCAAGACCCUAAUACAUACACUUACACUGGAUAUCCAGGAUACAGAAACUAUCAGCAGCAGCCACCUCAGGCUUGAGUUGGAGGGUACACAAACAAUAGCACAAUGCUGGUAGUUAUCGGAAUUUGAAGCAUUUACUUUCCAGUUUUUGGUAAGGUAACUUGGAUAUAACAGUGUUUGAGCAAUUCUACUGUAGGAUGAUUGCUCUCAUAGUGUAUUAUUUAGACUCAUGUUAACUGAUUGCAGUUGGAAUACUUUGUGCCAGUUUUGGCAAUAUCUGUGUCGCAGCUAUUUAUAUACUAUCUACAUGCUUUUCUGUACUUAA